UCGACGUCGCCUAAGCGCUUGACGUCAGCAUAACAACAACCUGUCAUGACAGCUCGUAUGGGGGAAAAAAAUAUCGAUUAAGAUUUGAUAUCAAAUCAUAUAAACGCUGUUUCACCGGAUGUAUCAUUCCUUCUCUACGGAGGGACAGGGACAUUUUUGAACCUGUCAGUUCGCCAGCCGAAGAGACGGGGAACAGGAUAGGGAAGCAGGGCGAGGCGGGCCCCGCGGAGCCGGUGGAGAAGAUGGCCGGCAGCCCGGAGAAGAGUUCCACCGCGCAGGAGCUGAAGGAGCAGGGGAACCGACUGUUCCUCUGUCGCAAGUACCAGGAGGCUGCUACAUGCUACAGUAAAGCUAUUAACCGUAAUCCAUCAGUGGCAGUGUACUACACCAACAGGGCUCUCUGCCAUGUGAAGCUGCAGCAGCAUGACAAGGCUCUGGCAGACUGUAAGCAUGCACUGGAGCUGGACAGCCAGUCAGUCAAGGCCCACUUCUUCCUAGGCCAGUGUCACCUGGAGCUGGAGAACUACGAUGAGGCCAUCGGCAACCUGCAGAAAGCUUAUAACCUGGCAAAAGAACAGAGGCUGAACUUUGGAGAUGACAUCCCCAGCGCUUUGCGCAUUGCCAAGAAGAAACGUUGGAACAGCAUUGAGGAGAAGCGCAUUAACCAGGAAAACGAGUUACAUGCCUAUCUGACCAAACUCAUACUGGCUGAGAAAGAAAGAGAACUAGAAGAAUAUAAAGAGAAACAGGACGACAAUCAAAAUGGGGGUGAUGCUGCCAAAAUUGCAUCAAAACAUGACAAGUAUCUAAUGGACAUGGAUGAGCUCUUCUCUCAAGUGGACGAGAAAAGAAAAAAGCGGGAGAUCCCAGAUUACCUGUGUGGGAAGAUCAGUUUUGAGCUGAUGAGGGAGCCCUGCAUCACACCCAGUGGAAUCACCUAUGAUCGCAAGGACAUUGAAGAGCACCUACAGCGAGUGGGUCAUUUUGACCCGGUCACCAGGAGUCCCCUGACCCAGGACCAGCUGAUCCCAAACCUGGCCAUGAAGGAAGUGAUCGAUGCCUUUAUCCAGGAGAACGGCUGGGUGGAGGACUAUUGAACCGACCCCCACCUCCCAUCUCUCCAUCAUACCCCGAUACUCAACACAAAGCCUGGACAACACAAGACUAUAGAGAACAGAUCACCCCUUGCCUGGAAAAGUACUUUGAAACAAGCAGGAAAAGCCACACGAUGGACUACCAAAUGGGAGCCAUGUAUCUCGGUCUGCCUCUUCUUCCCCACAUUUUAUCUUUGCUGUAGAACUGCUCCGAACUUCUGAGGCUCGGUGUUCAUGGCCUGCUGCUCCCUUUAAACCCCCCCUUUAUUCUACUCUUUCUCUCCUCCUUUCUCUUCCUUUCUGUCAUGCUGUUUCUAGUCUUUCAAGCCUGACUCCUUUCUUUCCUCAAAAUAAGGGGCCACAUUCUCAGGUCUCUCUUGCACCCUCUCUAUCCCUUUCUCUUUCUCUGAGUGCCACAAUCCUUGGGAAGCAUCAGCAUUGCACUCCAGUGUUUCACAUAAAAACCACAAAUAUAUAAAAAAAAAAUUACACACGGUGGUAGAAUUCAUUAAAACAUUGGCCUUUCAUUUGGCAUUUACUCCAGUAUUUCUUAGUCAUUUUUUCAUUAAACAUUGGAGCAUUUGCCCACUUCUUAAUGUACAUUUACUGAAGUGGUACCUAAAAUGCCAAAAACUUGUUCUCAACGAGGGUGACCAGUUUGUAUGCAAAAUUUUACAUGAUGAUAAUUGAAAAAUAGUCAUAGGGAACUAAAUAAAUGUAUAUCCAAUCGUACUUGCCCAUGUCACCAUACUGUAUGAGUAGAUUCUUAGAUUUUCUUUUUUCUUUCAAUUUUUUUUGCAUAUCAAUCACACCCCAUUACAGACAAUUUAAAUAAGUUGAAUGUAUGCAUAAUGUACUCUUUAUGUUUAGGCUUGACCUACAGUAAUUCAAAAUGUUUUUUAUUAGGACAAUACAAGGCUUUCAUGAAAAGCAGCCUUGAACUGGAUACAAAAAAUUAAUGGAAACAGCCGCUGCAUAUUUAAAAAAAAAAAAGAAAAAAAAAAGUUUUCACAUUGCUGGAUAUUAAUUGAAAAUGUUGAAAUGUUUGAAUUUUAUAGAUGACAUCAGCUGUUAAGGGUUGAUGUUAAAAACCUGCUUUGAAGAAUGGUCCGUGCUGUCCGUGUCGAUCAUAGAAACAAAAAUGUGCUUGGACAUUGUCUUUGGCUCGUGCUGUUUGCCUGGAAUGACCGUGGACGCUCACACCAAGCUUGAAGUGAUUCUCUUUUCCUUUGCAAAGGGCAAGAAGAUGGUUGUCUUUUUUUUUUUUCCACACCAUUAUGCUGUUAAUUUCUUGCGCCUUCUCCUCACAGUCGUGAAGAAAACGGUUGCAACAGCUUAUGUAAACCAAUCAUCAGUGUGAAACUAACUUAAGGUUUAAGCUGUGUCUUGUUACAGGGAUUUGAGGUUCACUAGCAUCACUGUACCAACCUCCUCCUCUGUGUUAGAAAUGCUGGAAGAGUUACGACCAUCUUAUCUCAUCCAUACCUCAGUCUGAGUUUUUGCGUGCUGGUUCACUGGUAUUCUCUGUAAAACACCUUUUCAGUUCAGCGCUAUUAGUUUACAAGUUUUUUCCAGCUGAAUGUGUGUCGGUGAUGAAUUAGGCCUGACGGUGGUUUGUGUUGGGGUGCAGGCAGUGUAAAUAAUUUGCUUGUGUAUCUCAGAUUUUAUUUCUUGACAAAAUUAGGGUUCUUUUUCUCUUGAGAAAUCCUAGAGCUUGAGAAACUGUAUUAAAUGUAGAUAUGUUGAUAACAUAAAUGCUUGGUUCAGUUUUCAUUUGUCCCCAUUAAAUCGUGAACUUUGA